AUGGGGUGCGUUUGCGGGGGCAGGGGUCAGCCAGCGCCAAAGAAGCAAAAGCUGAAGAAGCAGGUUGUUCUCGAUGACUCAGAUGAGGACGAAAGCGAUGUGCCGAUAGAUUCUCACGGAGAAGAGAGUGAAGACGGAAGCGAAAGCGGAGGCGAAAGCGAGACGGAUGAGAGAGCCGGCCCGGGUGGUGCUGCAAAGACGACGGUGGAGCUCCCUGCAUUCCUCAAGCAGAACUACGCGCUCGUCUGCAUGAAGCUACUCCGGAUGGACGCCGUCCACCAGGCAAGAGAGCGGAAAGAAGGCUGGUCUGAAGCAGCUGACGUCAUCGUUCAGUACCAUACGUAUGAAAACUCCUUUGAGAUGCUGGUACAAACUUUGCCGUUGUUAGAAGCCGUUGAUAAAGUGGCGAUUAAAGCACGAGAAGGUAUGGGGUCUGGAUUGAAGAAGAACGAUCUGCUCUCGUACAUCUUCGAACAAAAGCUUCAAGGAGAGGAAAGCAACAAGUCUGUCCGUAGCCUCCCGGUUGAAGAACUACAGAGGAUGGUCGCGGAAGGAAGCGUGAAGAACAAGACAGUACUUAUCACCAACAAGCGCUGGCGAGAGAAGCGCCUCAAGCGCGAGGAGGUCUUUGUUUCGUAG